AUGAGCAGGCCACUGGGAACCACCACGAGGCGGUUCUUGGUCCAUGCCUGCCACUUCAGGAAGUCAAUAAACUCCAUACGAAGGCUGUAUUCCACCUCGCAUGUGUCUAUCGAUGGCAUCCAGCUCCCUACACUCGAGGACUUGUACCUCAAGGAGGGCGAUGACGGUGAGAUCAAGCACCCCGUGAGGGUAAACUGGGGGCCCCUCAACCUGACUGUCCUCUUCAUGCGGAACUGGGACCCCCUCCUGUCCGAGACUGAGCGCGAAGACCAACCCACCACUACAUCGCUGUCAUAUAGCGGUCGCUCUGCACCUGUGGGAUUGCCCAACCUCUCUCCGUGCGAGUGGGAGCGAGACUGGGCCGACGUCCGACGCGUAUGUGCCCAUGUCGGCGUACCGGAGAGCGACAUUCGCCUUGUCGACCUCUCGCGCGAGUACUGGAGUAGAGUGUUCGAGCCUGCCGUGGCAGUAUGGGAGUCAGGACGGACACCCAACCCCGACGUCACGUGUAACAAGGAGAUCAAGUUUGGCGCUCUCAUGAACCAUAUCAAACCCGGCCACUAUCUCGCGACUGGUCAGUUUUCUCUUGCUUGGACCCAAACUGACAUAGCAGGCCACUAUGCACGUGUCAUCCGUACCCCAACAGGAGCCACCCUUAACCGUGCCAUCGACAUGAAUAAGGAUCAGACAUACUAUCUCAGCCAAGUCCAAGAAGCACAGCUGGCCAAGGCCGUCUUUCCUUUAGCUGGCAUCCCCAAGCCCCGUGUGCGUGACCUCGCGAAGCACUUUGCUCUCCCCACUGCCGAGCGCGAUGAGAGCAUGGGUGUGUGCUUUAUCGGCGAGCGCGGGCGGUUUGGCGACUUCGUCUCCCAAUACACCUCUCCCACUACCACCAAGGGCUACUUUGUCAAGGCUGAUGGAGAACGCAUUACCGAGCACCGUGGCUUGCACUACUACACCAUUGGCCAGCGCCCCCGUUUAGGAGGCAUGGAUGGCCGCUGGUUCAUUGCACGCAAGGGUGUUGGAGAGGGAGAGGACAUCCUCCUCGUCCCAGGAAGUGACCACCCGGCACUGCAGUGUGAGCAGCUCUGGUCGGGAGACUUCAACUGGAUCGCAGGCCACCCGCCGGCCGAGAUGGACGACGGAGGUACGCUCGACGCCCUGGUGCAGGUCCGUCACAGGAUGAGGCCUGUCACAGGCCGAGUGCGCACAGAUCAGAACCGGGUCUCUGUAGAGUUCCCCAACCCUGUUGGUGCUGUUGCCGAAGGCCAAAUCGUUGGCAUCUGGCGCGGCGAACAGUGCCUCGGCAGCGGUGUGAUUGACGCGACGAGGUGUUCGGCCUAG